GCGAGAGCGGGCGGCCGAAAGAAGGACGCGCGCGCCCGAUUCACCAAAUCGGCGGUCGUUCACCCGCGGUGCGCGCGACUACGAAUAUUCUUACGCAACCGAGCCGAUCGGAGGGAGAUCGGGCGAGCGGCAGGCGUGCGCGCUCGGGAGGAAAGUUUCUCCGCGGGGGAUCGGCGUUUUCCUCGCCUCGGGAAAGUCGGGCUUGACAGGGGAGAAGGAGCGGAGCGGAGCAGCGCGCGACCGCGACGCAAAACCGUCGUACACGUGCGGGCGCCGCGAAGGAGCGGAAUUCGCGGCCGCGGGGAUGCGCGCCGCCGUCCUCGGGUAGAGGGCCCUUUCCCCGGCGUUCACCCGGACCGGUCCUGCCGGAUGUGACCCCGUCGUCGUCGUCGAUUGUUUGACUGAUUGACCAAUUGACUGGCUUUGCUAUGCGCACCGUACCGCGAUUACUAUGAGAGGAUGAGCUGCUCGGUGAAGAUCUCCUGCGGCAAGGGCUGGGGCGGCUCGCAGCGCCGGAUCGGCUCGCUCGCGGAGGAGGCGAACGCGUGCCCCGGCUCCGCGCCCGCGGCCAACUGCGCCGGCCUCCAGCGCGACGGUCAGCCGAGCGCGACGUCGAGCUCGACGUGCACGACCAACGCCACCGCGACCGCCACCGUCAGCGUAGCCUUCAACAACCCCGUCGUCAUCACCAGCGGCACCGCGAGCGGCGCCGCCACCGGCGUCAUCGCGGCCGGUAAUCAGAGGGUGGUCCCACCACGCCCCGUCAAGUCGAUCGCCGCGAAAAAAGGGGAGGACACCACGAAGCUGCUCAAGUACAUCGACGAUAACGUCAUCGGCAAGAACGGCACGUUCUUCGGCCCGUUCGGCCGCAGGAAAGUGGUUUAUUGCGACUACACCGCCUCGGGAAGGUCGCUGCAGUUCCUUGAAGAUUACAUUGCGAAGGAGGUGCUACCAUGUUUGGGCGACACUCGGGCAUCCACGUCCAUCUGCAGUCUGCAGUCGUCUCUCUUUAGGCAUGAGGCCAGAGACAUCGUCAGACACGCGGUCGGGGCUAGCGAGCAGGACGCGGUCCUGUUCACCGGUCAAGGCACCGCCGCUGCCCUUCGCACACUUUUACGGCACCUCGAUCUCUCCAAGUCCACCGUGGUCUUCGUGGGCCCGUUCGAGCAUCACGCCAACCUGAGACCUUGGCGCGAGCUCGAUGUCAAGAUAGUACGAGUUUCCGAGACCCGGGAGGGCUUCUUGGAUCUGAACGAUCUCGAGCGGGGACUCGCGAGAAUGCGGAGCGAGGGCGUUGCGCAAAUGAUCGGCUGCUUCAGCGCGGCCAGUUGCAUAACGGGGGUUUUGGCAGAUGACGUCGCGACGACCCUCCUGCUGCAUCAAUACGGCGCGCUCAGCGUGUGGGAUUACACCACCGCAGCGCCGUACGUCCAAAUCGACAUGAAUCCGCAUCUGCCCGGGGUCGGGGAGACCGCGGUGCACAAGGACGCGAUUAUCUUUGCCGGCCACAAGUUCAUCGGCGGCGUGCAGUCGCCCGGCAUACUGGUGACCAAACGCUGGCUCCUGCGGGAGGACGUCGAGGCGGAGGACAUGAGGGACUCCCAUCGCUACCACCGCGACCCCGAGCUGCGGGACGAGAGCGGGACCGCCGGGGUGGUGGAGAGCAUCCGGUGCGGCCUGGCGGUCCAGCUGAAGGAGAACGUCACGCCGAGGGCGAUCGUCACGCGGCAGGACAAGAUCUCUCGGCAAGUUUUGGCCCACGUGCGCACCAUUCCGGAAUUGAUUCUACUCGGCAGCUCGUCGCAAAACGUGAAGCGACUGCCCAUCUUCUCGUUUAUGGUGCGCCAUCCUCGCGGCACGUUCCUCCACCAUAACUUCGUCUGCGCCGUCCUGAACGACGUCUUCGGUAUCCAGGCACGAGGAGGAUGCGCGUGCACGGGCCGUUACGCUCAUCAUCUGAUGGGGAUCGAUCGGGAACUCGCCAAGGAAUACGAGAGCGUUCUCUUGGAAGGACAACGAAACGGCACCGAGGAAACCACCGCGGAGGGUCUGAGACCAGGCUUCGCCAGGCUGUCCUUUCCUUAUUUCAUGAGCGAGACGGAAGUUGGCUUCGUGCUGGAAGCUCUCAAGAUGGUGGCCACUGAAGGCUGGAAGCUUCUGCCGCAGUACAUGCUGAAUCCCGACACUGGCGAGUGGCGGCACCACACCAACAGCGUCUUCAAGGAGCGCAAGUGGCUGGGCUCCAUUAGGUACACGGACGGAAGGAUGAACGCCACGGAGAGGCGAGCUUCCGGCGCCGGCGUCUUCCCGCAGACCUACGGCGAUUCCCUGCAGACCGCCCGGAACAUCUUCAACCGCGCCCGCAAAAUGGCGCAGCGGUAUCCGCUGCAGAUCGACAAGAGCUUCAACUUCAUAUGCGAGCGCAUGGAGACGCUACGCUGGUUCAUGCUGCCGAGCGAGGCGCAGGAUCUCCUUUUGGGUAACUCGCAGAACGUCAAGCAGGACGUGCCGUUCAACCCGCUGCUUGCCUGGAACAAGUACAGUCACGCGAGCACCGUCACCACCUCUCACGACAGUCUGGUCAACUGCCUGACGCUGACGAACGGCAUGAGACGGCUGAACAGCGACAUUCCGCGCACGGGCAACGCGCCCAUCUCGACGAUCUCGCCCAGGCAUCGGAGCCUACCAGCGCUGAGCACGGUCCGGCGAACUCUGAUGGCGACCACGGCGGAACUGAACCAACCGUCGUCAUCGAGCAACAGCGAGGAAGAGAGUUCGAACCAGAGCGAAUAUUAUUUCCCCGGCGGACACCGAUCACCCGCCACGUGUCCAAACUCGCCGAUGCCCGUUAGAUUCGCGGUGGGCGAGGCCGUGACCACCUCGGUCCUGGGAUCGAUAUCCCGCACCGCCGCCCGACCGACGAAAGAGCAGAGGGAGUUGAUGGAGGCGACCAAUGCCGGACGUGCGAGAUGCAAUUCCCUGGGUAGCACCACCGACGGAUGCAUCGUGCAGGGAAACCGCGCCGGUGCCGCGACCGCGUCCUCGCCGAUCCCGCCGCUUCCUCUGAGCCCGCAGACCCUCACCAGCUUGGGACUGAGCACGUCGAACGGUUCGUCGAGGCACAGGCGGCUUCACUGCAGCUGCAGUAGUCAGACGGAGUUGAACUCCCUGGAGUUGGACUCGGCCGCUAGCCCGAGCCACUCGAUCUCUUCCUUGAACUACAAUCAUAUUCCGGCGUCGCCACCGUCCUCGUAUUCGUCGACCAGCGAUUACACCGAGAGGCUCGUGGGCGGUGGUAGAUCGUCGCCUAUCUUAACGAACAUGGGCCAGGAUGAUCUGAGCGCGUACGUCAAGGAGAUGACCAAGGAAUUAGCGACGGAGAUCAAAUCGGAGAUCCGCGAGGUGAUCUCCAAGGUGGACGACGCUUUGUCGGAGACGAACACAUCCGAGAACACGCCGCAGCAUCACUCGCGGGCUCAGAGCGUAGUUAAUCAAACAUACGUGGAGGACAAACAGUCGAGGCAUGAUUCGUUCACGGCCAGCGACAUCGCCGAGUACUUGAUGGAAUUCUCGAAGGAAAUGGCGAGCGAAGUGAAGUCUGAGAUAAGAUGCAUGGUGAACGCCGUUGACGGACUUCACAGGUACUCGCCGGACGCCUCCACUUCGGACGUUUCUUCGAGCGGAUGCGGUUCGCCCGAUCGCGGAAGAAUCGUCCUCCCCUCGUCGGCGUCCCCGCGCCUUUCGAGCUCUAGGAAAAGCGGGCCGAUCGAGAUCACCAGCAAGGUCGGCGAGCUGUCGCAGCAGGAGAGCAAAAUGUCGAGCGAGUGCUCCUCGGACGAGACGGUGAUUUACGUGAUGAAGCCGUCCGAGAGCGAGCAGAUUGUCCGCACCCGUUCGAAGACCGAGGACGAGGAGGUGGAGAACGAUGUGGACGAUUACGUGGACGAUGAUUCGCAGGAGGGACGCGGCGCCCUCGACAUCGGCGACGCCCGGAAGGUCCUGCCGAAGAUUUACUCGGCCGUGAACUCUGUCAGCUCCCAGGACAGCGGCAUAAAUAUGUCUUUUCAAGAGAGCGACAAGUCGAUAGACUCUCUGGACCUGAAGCGGAGCAGCAGCGCCGAGUCCAACUCCGCCCACAGCCACGGACGGAAACCCAGGACGACCUCAAUGAUGAGUCUGUCGACCAAGUGCGGCGGCAAGCAGCAAUCGCGUCAAAACGAUAAUCUCUCGGAGGACGAGGAGUGCGCGGGCGAUCUGCGAGAGGAAGAGGACGACGGCCAGGAGACUUUUGACGAUAACGAGUCGAGACUCGAGUUCCCGCGAACUCAAUGGCACUGCCCGCCGAAGAACAUCUGGAAACCUUCGGUGGAGGCUAUGCAAGAGUUCGACAUGAUUCGGGACAACGACAAGGUCUUAGUUUGCCUGUCGGCGGUCGGCAAGGACUCGCUCUCCCUCCUGCACACUCUACAUCAGUACAGAUUUUACGUCAGAUCGAAGGGGAUCGACUUCGAGAUCGGUGCGGCCAGCAUCGACACGGGUCGCUCCGAUCCCAUGGAACUGAUGAGCUACCUGAAGACACUGGAGAUUCCAUACUUCUACGAGGAACAGGUGGCAGACUCGAUCAGCGUCAACGUCGAGAAUCCGUUGGACGCCAGCAUUGCCAGCGGGACCUGCAGCUUCUGCGACAAGUCCGUCAGGACGCAAUUGUACUCUCUAGCGAAACGGAAGGGAUAUAACGUGCUGGCGCUCGGUCAACAUUUGGACGAUCUCACGGAGAGCUUCCUCAUCUCGGUACUCCACGGUGGCAUAUUGAAAACUAUGAAGGCGCACUACUAUAUACGCCGGGAGGAUCUCAGGGUCGUCAGACCGUUCAUCUACGUGCGAGAGAAGGCACUGAGGCAAUUUGCCGAGAACAAGAAGCUUCCUUUCGCGCGAGACUCGCGAGCUGUGUCUGAGAAGCAAAACAGAAGGAAGGAGUUGAUGCUGCAGCAAGAACGCGCGUAUCCGCGACUGCACUGGUCCGUGCGCACGGCUUUGCGGCCCUUGAUUACCGCUCACGGACAAAUCACCGCCUUCGACCUGGCUUGCAGCGGCAACGGCGGCAGCAGUCCGAGCGGCAGCACCAGCAGCAGCAUAAGCAGCACCUGCAGCAACAACAGCGGCGGCAGCAACGCCAGCAAUCAGCAGAAACGGCAUCGGAGGACCAAGGCGAAUCCCUCGGCGGGCGCAUCCUCGUCCCAGCGGACCGGCGAGAACGAGGAGACCGACGAGGAGCCCGUGCUCUGAGGAGGGCCCACCGCGAGAUGGGAUCCCAAUCGUCCCGCGGUCCCAUCCUCGCGUCUCCGUCGCCGGCGCCCGACGUCGACGUUUGCCCUUCGGCGAAGACGAUUGCGCUUCGCGGCCGCGGGCGCCGCCGCCGCCAGGGCGAACGAGCAGAGAUGCGCCGAGAACGGCAACUCAGCGACGACAGCGGGCGGCAUUUAAACGCAGAAGACGAUUCGCGAGGGAGAACCCCGCUCGGGUCUACGAACGUUUACUCGCGAGUGUACAUCCGUCGCGAGAUCUCGGCGAGAUGUGCGACGCGUUUCGAAAGAUACCGUCGCAGUGAACGACUGUCGACCACUCGAUGAAUACGUGACUAUUACCGAGUCGUCGUGACGGUCUCGGCUACGAGAACAGUCGCUCUCCGCAGCUCGAGGGACGUUCGCGAGGCAGCAUGCUACUUAUUUAAUAUAAACAGCGGCAACGCAGGGACGAUGUGUAGGGAUAAGUUCUUUGAGUUCGCGACGGAAUUGUUUGAUUGUGAAUAAUUAGGCGUAUCGGCAGCCGACUGCGCGAUUGGCUGCCUUACGCGAGGAUAAGAUACGACGAUAAUUGAGCUGAUAGGGACGGAAUGAUUGACUGACGGCGCAACGCGCCCGUUACAUUGUCACGUCGAUCGUGGGCUUUAUCGUCGGCAACGGAACGAUAAACGGUACCGCCGUCGGUGCGCGUAUACGAUUAAGGGACGCGAUACGCUUGAGAGACGCGACAAGCGAUAGCUGCUUAAACACUGAUACUGACAUCAUGUGCCGCGUGUCUUAGAGAAGUCAUGCAGCGAGGAGAACGGAGGAGCAGCUUGACGGGCAAGCCACGAGAAAACCUCGCGGGAAAGAAUCGAGUCGCGAAUACACCUUUUUUUACGAAUAUACUAUUGUACUUUUUAUUUGAUAUAUCGCCUUUAUCCUAUGAUCGUCGAGUCUCGCGAUCGACAAGUUUUGUAAACGAUCGAGGCUCCCUCAAUCAUCGAGUCCUUUUCUACGUGCUUUCGACUUUCCCGACGAUAUGACUUGACGACGGGCCCAUUUCUUUGCGGUCAAAUAAAUGCGUCUUUUAGAUGGUCUGUCGGGAACGUCACCUCAGGCGGAUUGAAAUGACGGCGCGAUUACCGUUACGUUACUCGUUGCAUCGGUUUAAUCGGCUCUCGGGAGCUUGAGCGAACGUUUCGUUUCGAGAGGGCCCCAUCGGUGAGGCAAAGGCUGCGACGAAUUCUCACCUGCAUGAACUUCUACUGGGAAAGAGAGAGAGGCGCGUACGACGCGGAAAGGACCAACGUUUCUCGCGCGGGUGAAGCGUAUCAAGACGGACUUGUCUAAAUAUCCGCAAGCAACGCGUACAAGUUGAUUGAAUCGCCUGACAAGUGGCCGAGGCACGUGAGAAGUAGCACCGUUCUGCGUUUCCCCACGUUGAUGAGAUAAGUGCGAGAGAGGCUUGUAAUAAAACAUUAAUUUAAGGAUUUGUUGGAAGGAACAAGUUUUUUCGUUCUAUCCGACGAACAUUUGAAUAGCGAUCUCCGAUAUUUCAGGCUGUAAAACGCAGGCUCUUUGCACUGCACUGGCAUUGCCGAAAAAAACCACGAUUAAAAAAAAAGUUGCGCUCUCUUUCACCGUAACUUUAUUUAUGCAGCUCGAUCUGCGCUGUGAUCGAUAAGUUUAGUUUCGGUGCAAGAAGAAUUAACGAUGUCGGAUGACGAACGAGUUGCAGAUGAGAGUCCGCUCACAUUCGCCGGAUCAUUUAAGUUUGUAAUCAUGACGAAUCGCUGCGCGAUGCUCAACAAGAUUGAUGAAGAAAGUUAAAUUAAGUUAAAAAUUAAAGUUAAUCUCCAGCGGGAUAAAAGCGCAAAAUUUUCUGUACAAAGGAUCAAAUUAUAUUUUGUCACACCGAGGUUGUAUCGAUUAAUCUCUGAUCCUUCUGUCCGAGGAUAACGGGGACUCGAGUCCAAUCGUUCAGGUAGUCCGGUAAUCAACGGAUCCCGGAGAUCCUUUUGGCUCUUUCCUAUCACGAGACUCGGUAGUGUCUCGCGCCAAGUACAAGCGCAGCCAGAACCGCGCGUAUUAAAAUUACGCUCGUCGCACGGAACGAGACGGGCGGUGGAAUCAAAUUAAUCGACGACGACACGCCGUGGCUUUGAUCAUGCAACGAAAUAUGUAAUGUAUAGAGAGCGUUAUUUGUAAAGAUUAUUUCGUAAUAAAAGGUAGUAAAGAGAGAUAAAUGACGUUACGGUGGAGAAAGGAGGCGCACGCAAUUGGACCACGUGAAACGCCAGUCGUUGAGAGACGAUCGGCCGGAUGGCUCAAGGGGACUUGGAAAGAGGAGGACGCUCCGAGAGAAACCGAUAUCAAAAUUUGCGCGAGGACGUCCGAUAAAGUAUAUAAAAGCCCGAAAGGCGCCGAUCGCUAUACGAUUCGAUUAUGAUACUUGUAGCAGCAGCGGUCUUAUGUUGUUCACUUCUUCUCUCAUGUUUGGCUGUUGUACGCUCGCUAAUCGUUAGUACUAUAAGUAACGUAUAAGACUUGUACGUAGAUCGCAUGUGAAACAACGUUACGCAACGUAGACGAUGAUGAUAUAAAAUAUUACGCUAUGUACGUACCGUUCGCGUCGUACUGAUUUUUUUAAAGUGUUCGCUCGUUCGUUCGUUCGUUCAUUCGUUCAUCGUUGAGUCGGGAAGGGGGAGGGGGGGUUGCGAAGGGCGGAAUUAACAACCAAAUGCGACAAGCGAGAUGGAAGUUUUGAUCUACACGAAUCUUCGCGAAUAGAUAUUCUCAUAUUUUCCGAGAGUUACGAAAGGGACAUUGUUACUGUAAAGAUAUGUAAGUUUAUUUAUCGCUAAUAAAAAUGAACGUUGAAGAAAAAAUGGAGGAAAAAAAAA